UUCUUCUCAAGAACCACUUAGCCAGAAAAGCUGAAACUUUUGUGGAAGCAUCCUGGGGUAGUGUAGAUUCUAAAUUGUUCAAAUCAUGACCCCCGGGGGUAGGGCGACGCCACAAUAGGGAAUACAAGUUUUACAUUGAAAUAUAUAGGAAAAAUCUUUAAAAAUCUUUUUCUCAAGAACCACUGAGCCAGAAAAGCUGAAACUGAUGUGGAAGCAUUCUGGGGUAGUGUAGACUCUGAAUUGUUCAAAUCAUGACCCCCGGGGAUAGGGCGACGCCACAAUAGGGAAUACAAGUUUUACAUUGAAAUAUAUAGGAAAAAUCUUUAAAAAUCUUCUUCUCAAGAACCUCUGGGCCAGAAAAGCUGAAACUUAUGUGGAAGCAUUCUGGGGUAGUGGUAAUUUUACAUUCCGCUGAGGUCCAGAACGAAUAUCAUUAUCCAACAUUUUUAGCCACUGUAGACAAGUCGUAUGAAUCCCUGAAAGAACAAAAAGAUGAUGGCAGAUAUGAACGGCUCAAAAACACCUGCGCUGUGGAACCAAACCUGAAGGAGAUUAAAGGGGUUGAAAAAGAAACUAACAAACUUGAAACACAUGGGGUAUCAAUGAAAACUUGGGUAGCCAUUGUAAUAAGUGUUGUUUUCCUAAGUGGUUUUGUCACGAUGACAUCAUUGUUUGCUGUGCAGCUCAAUAAGAGAUGUCUGGGCAGUAUACAGGAGGGUCUGGAGAAAGGAAUUGAACAAAACCAGUCACUUCAGCUGCAAAUAAGCCGUUUAAAAAAUAUAAUUGUUUCUCCACAUUUCUGGUCCUCCAAUGGAAAUUCAAUCUAUAUGUUAUUUCUGACCGAGAGGACUUGGUUUGAUUCUCAGGUAUGGUGUAGUAAUACUGGGGGAACUUUGGCAGAAAUAGAAACUGUAGAUGAGAAUAAUUUCAUCCGAAACAGCAUCAUCAGUCUAAGAGAAGCUAACAUAAUCAGAGAUGGUGUAUGGGUAGGCGGAACAGAUGAAAAUACAGAAGGAAUUUGGAAAUGGGCAUCAAGAAAUACAAAUAUAACUUUUACAUUCUGGGCUCCAAAUGAGCCAAAUAAUUUCCGUAAUAACGAAAAUUGUCUGGAACUUUCAGAAGAGAAAGGAUGGGCAUGGAAUGAUAACAACUGUGAUGAAACAAAGACAUUUCUUUGUGAAAUUUUGCAGAGCAAGUAA